AGUAAAUGUCUGCCUUGUUGCUUGUUGAAUCAUGGCUGCUUCGACAGUCAACAGUAAUAGCCGUCACAAAAGGCAAACAUGCAUCGAGAAGCUGCCUUUACAAGACAGAGAGAUUAUUAAACCCUCCAUAACAGAGCUCACCAAAGAAGUGCGGACCAACAUCCUCUGUACGGUGGAAGGCUGUGGGAAGAUUCUGCCUAACACUCCAGCACUCAACAUGCAUCUGUCCAAGUCCCACAGAAUCAAGGAGGGGCUGGUCAACCCUACAAUUAGAAAGGACAUUAAGGAAUCACAAAAGCUCUACUGUUGCCCAAUAGAAGGUUGUCCAAGAGGACCAAACAGACCCUUUUCUCAGUUUUCACUAGUUAAACAGCACUUUAUGAAGAUGCAUGCAGAAAAGAAGCACAAGUGUUUGAAGUGCAGUAAUGGCUACAGCACUGAGUGGGACCUGCAGAGACAUGUUGAGGAUUGUGGGAGGACAUACAGCUGUACAUGUGGUUGUCCUUAUGCCAGCAGAGCAGCACUGCUGUCUCAUAUCUACAGAACAGGCCAUGAGGUUCCCAAAGAGCACAGGUAUCCACCAGUGAAGAAGAGGAAAAUGGAAAUAUUGUCAAGCAGUACAACAAAUUUUAUGCCUGAUGAACUAAUAAAUGAAAUUCCAGACUGUAAGAAAAAGUUCAGCGAAGGAGCAGUCCCUACCAAAUUCGUCUCUGGAACCUCGGCCACAGCAAAACACAACACUAACCACCCCAAACACACCCAGAAGCUCCUUCUCCCAAAGCCCAAAGUGGCCCUUGUCAAUGUUCCUGUUAUGCAGUUCACCCACCUGCCUGUUCUCCUACCCUCUGCGGAAAGUAGUGCCUUGAGGUCAUUGGUCUUGUCUGUGGAUGCACAAGGGUCCGUAAGCACUGUGCAUAUUUUGUCACCGUCGGUCAGCACAGUGGUGCCUGAUCUGAACAAUAAGGCUUUCAAAGAGGCAUUUCCUGUACAUACAUCAGGCCAGGAAACAAUUAGCACAGGGGUACAGGUCAAUCUUGAGAGUCAAGCCUCUGUGGGAGAUCCAAUGUGUUUUGGAUCCAGAAUCAAAAGCACUUCAACAAACAUUCAAACUGACAUAUCAUACCUCAACAAAGGGAUGGAUGCUGGAACAUUGACUGUCUCCCCCUGCUGUGAGGCCUCAGUGUCCUCUUGCUCUCAGACAGACAUCAGCGUAAGCGCUCAGAUUCAGUUGCCUGUUAAUGUGCAAACCCAGACACUACCCUCACAAAUCAAAGCCACAUUUUCCAUUGGAGCACAGACAGAUGUUUUCAGUUUCUCUUCCUUUAAUGUGACCCGGGAAACACAAACAAGCUGUUCUGCAGCCCCAGUGGAUGAAAGCCAAAUGGACCAAGCAAUGUGCACAAAUCUAUUUGAUACUGAUACUCUCAGUGUCUCCACUCAGACUGCAGAGGCUGAUGCACAUUUCAGAACCAAUGGUUUAGAAGAUCCUCUGACCAGCACUGGAGCUGGGCUUUUUGAGGACAAGACUGCUGCAUCCAUGUGUUUUGGGGCCCAGACUGACAUUUUGCAUCAAAACACAGUAGCAGACAACCAGACUCAGACCAUGAUACUUUUCCGUGACCUUGAGAAUAUUCUUUCUGACAGCAUGACUGGGAUGGCUUCGAGCUGUUCUUCAGGUUCAGUUGGUACGCAUGAACCGCAUCACACUGGUAUUGACUUUGACUUUGAAGAGUUCCUUAAUGCGACACACAUUCAGAGUCAGACAGAAGAAAGUGGUUUAAACAGUCUGAACACAGAGACAACUUUGGAACUCCUAGACAUUGAGACACAGACUGACUUCCUGCUCUAUGACAACCUUGGUAAUGGGCACAACAGUGACGUUGGAACAAGGGUGCAACCAAGUGAUCUGGAGCUUGAGAUGUUUGACACUCAGACCCAGACAGACCUUAACUUCUUGCUAGACACGGGUGGGCACAUGCCCCUUGGCAGUAUUCUCAGACAGUCUAGUUUCAGCAUGAGCAUAGAUUCCUCAGACACAGAAACACAGACCGAUGUCAGGCCUGAUCCACUUUCCCUGCCUUGCUCCCAUGAUGGGCAGGUGAGGCUCAGCACUGCUGAAACCCAGACCAUCUCCAGUUCCUUUCAGAGCCUUGGCCACCUCUUCCACACUAGCAACGAGACCCAAACAGCAGUGGAUGACUUCCUUUCAGCAGACUUGGCCUGGAACAUGGAGUCUCACUUUAGCUCGGUGGAAACCCAAACAUGUGAGGAGCUCAAUCUCACUAUUUCAACACAAUGAGAAAUUCAAAAGCUAAAGGCUCCAUCAAAGAUAAUUUGGUUGAUUUAGGUCACAUAAUGAGGGAGUGAAUCCUAGUAUCUCCAUCAGCAAGGGUGGCAGAACUUCAAAACAGUUCCUCACAACCAUCUAGAGUGCAAUCUGUCAGCUAAUAAUUGUGUGUAAUCGCCAAAUUUUAUUUUAGACACAAGUCCACAAUAAGGUAUUGCAUAUCUGCCCAAGUCUAAGGAUGUAUAAGUAUACAUUUGCAGCACUUUAUCGCGCACUAUUAAUGAUCAACAUA